AUGCGUUUUACACUUCCUUUGGUCGCUACCCUGGCCAUAGCUGCCCCGGCAGGUGUUUUCAAGCCCGAUGGCCUCCUGAAAGUCUCCAACGACGGCCAGGACAGCUCCUACGAUGCCACGAAGCGCGGCCAUUUCGUGGCGGACCCUUUGCUCCAAGUUUCCGACCAUGACGCUGCCAGCUCGUACGAGCGCAGCAACUUCAAGGCGGACCCCUUGCUGCAAGUCUCGGACAAUCCCAAUGACUCAUCCUAUAACUAG